UCGAGAGGUUCAAAAUUAUUCUUUGGUCUUUAUUCUCGAGAAGCUGAGCACGCUGAACAAAACUAUCGUGUAAGACUUGUAAAAUAAGUAUAUACACUAAAGAGAGAGAGAGAGCUAGCGCGGGAGUUUUGCUUUUUAGUGUCCGUGAUCGCCUGCCCUUGUCAGAAACAGAAAGAAGAAACGUUCGAGGACUAAAAAAGAAAGAAAACGAAGAAGAAGAAGAAGAAAACAUGACGAGCACGCUUCGAGCACGGAUUUUUUGAAAGUCACGAGUUCAAGAUCUUUCAAAAUACAAGGACAGCCAUUCGAUCACCAAAAUGCUUAAUUUCUCGGUUUCUAAACUUUCCGAAAUUAUGAGACUCCAAAUGCGCAACUGUUCCAAACCGGGAUUACCUAUCGGCUGCAGAUUGUGAUUCCGAUCUUCUGCCAAUGCCAUUAAUCACCACCGCGUUGUGUUGUUUCCCGUCAUGAAAGCCUACCUCUGUUCCCUUUGGGCUUGCGCUGUUUGUCCUGCACUUAAUGCUUUCCCUGUAUACGUCCACUGUGGGCUUCCUUUCGAACAACGCCUUACGUGAUUGGCAUCUGUUCCUGCUUCACCACGGGCAUCUUCCUUUUCUCCUUUUUGGUGAUUGCUCAUUCCUUAGAUUGAAGCCUGUUUAGGCUUAUGUUGGUUUACUGACGGUUUGAUGGAGGGUGGUGGCUCUAUAUUCAACGUGGGAAGUUCCAGAGCAAGUGGUUCAUCAUCUAUAUGGCGAAACGACGGCCAGGACCUGUUCAGUAGGAACUCUUCAGUGCGUGAAGAUGAUGAGGAGGCCUUGAAAUGGGCGACCCUCGAAAGGCUGCCCACGUAUGACAGGAUCAGAAAAGGUCUCCUCACAGUUGGAGGUGAUGCGAGUCAAGAGGUUGACAUCUCGAAGUUGGGAUUGCAAGAGAGGAAGAGCUUGUUGGAGAGAUUGGUUAAAGUUGCAGAGGAAGAUAAUGAGAAGUUCCUUCUCAAACUCAGGGAGCGCAUAGACAGAGUCGGACUUGAAAUUCCAACCAUCGAAGUUCGGUUUCAGAAUUUGAGUGUGUCUGCAGAAGUUCACGUUGGCAGCAGAGCAAUACCUACUUUGGUGAAUUUCUCUACCAACAUGCUUCAGGAAUUCCUGGUUUCUCUCCAUCUUCUUCCGAAAAGAAAGAAAAAAUUGCCAAUUCUUCAUGAUAUAAGUGGAAUCGUCAAGCCUAGAAGGAUGACUCUCGUUCUAGGCCCACCUGGUUCUGGGAAGACCACCUUGUUGUUGGCGUUGGCAGGGAAGCUUGAUUCUGACCUGAAGGUUUCUGGGAAAGUAGCUUACAAUGGCCACGAAAUGCAAGAAUUUGUUCCUCAGAGGACAUCUGCAUAUAUCAGCCAGUAUGAUCUCCAUAUUCCAGAAUUGACUGUAAGGGAAACUCUGGCUUUCUCUGCUCGAUGCCAAGGAGUGGGAACACGCUUUGAGCUACUGAAAGAGUUGUCAAGAAGAGAGAAAGAAGCCAAUAUUAAACCGGACCCUGAUAUUGAUAUCUUCAUGAAGGCUGCUUCGCUGCAAGGUCAGAAGGAAAAUGUUGUUGUGGACUACAUGCUUCGGAUUUUAGGUCUUGAUAUUUGUGCAGACACCUUGGUAGGAAAUGAAAUAUUUCGAGGCAUUUCAGGAGGACAGAAGAAACGUGUAACUACAGGGGAGAUGUUGGUGGGACCAGCCCGGGCUCUCUUCAUGGAUGAGAUAUCAAAUGGUUUGGACAGCUCCACCACUUAUAGGAUAGUGAAUUCCCUGAGACAAACUGUACACACCCUUUCAGGGACUGUGGUGGUGUCCUUGCUACAGCCAGCACCAGAAACAUAUGAUCUUUUUGAUGACAUUAUUCUGCUUUCAGAUGGCUGGAUUGUAUAUCAGGGUCCUCGUCAAUCAGUGUUAGAAUUUUUUGAAACCAUGGGCUUCAAAUGUCCUGAGAGAAAGGGUGCUGCAGAUUUUUUACAAGAGGUGACAUCAAGAAAAGAUCAGGAGCAGUACUGGGCACGUGAAGAUGAACCAUACAGUAGAUUCAUCACCGCAAAGGAAUUUGCAGAGGCAUUCAAAUCAUUCCACGUUGGUCAAAGAUUGGAAGAUGAACUAAGGAGUUCCUUUGACAAGAAUAAGAGCCAUCCUGCUGCACUAACCACUUCCAAGUAUGGCACAGGAAAAAUGGAACUCCUGAAGGCAUGUUUUUCCAGAGAAGUGUUGUUAAUGAAGAGGAAUUCAUUUGUCUAUGUUUUCAAAACAUUUCAGCUCAUACUGCUUGGGCUUAUCACCAUGACACUCUUCCUCCGUACAGAGAUGCACAAGGAUACUGUUAGUGAUGGAGGAAUUUAUCUUGGUGCUCUAUAUUUUGGCCUUACCACAAUCAUGUUCAAUGGGUUUGCUGAGCUUUCCAUGACAAUUGCAAAGCUGCCUGUUUUUUACAAGCAGAGAGACUUGCUGUUCUAUCCAUCAUGGGCAUAUUCACUACCUACAUGGAUUACUAAGAUCCCCGUCUCAUUUGUUGAAGCUGCUGUCUGGGUAUUCAUGACUUAUUAUGUUGUGGGUUAUGACCCAUCUGCUGCAAGAAUGUUCAAGCAGAUCUUGCUGUUAAUUGCAGUUAACCAAAUGGCCUCUGGCCUUUUCCGUUUGAUUGCUUCAUUGGGUCGAGACAUGAUUGUUGCAAAUACAUUUGGAUCAUUUGCACUGCUUGCUAUUUUGGUUCUUGGUGGUUUCAUCUUGUCACGCGAUGAUGUGAAGAAAUGGUGGAUCUGGGGGUAUUGGGCUUCACCCUUAAUGUAUGGACAGAAUGCUAUUGCAGUCAAUGAAUUCCUUGGAGAAAGUUGGCAAAAGGUUUUUCCACAUUCAAAAGUCCCGCUGGGUGUGGUGGUUAUGAAGGUUCGUGGACUUUCACCUCAUGCCUAUUGGUACUGGAUCGGAUUGGGUGCUUUGUUGGGAUACACUUUAUUGUUCAAUGGCCUUUUUACUGUUUCUCUUGCCUAUCUCAAACCUUUUGGAAAGACAAUGGCAAUUGUAUCCAAAGAGGCUAUAAAAGAGAAGAGUUGCCAAAUUACUGGAGAAGCCAUGGCAAUGAGAGCGCCUUCUAUAGGAACAAUCUCUGAUAGAAGAUUCAAUAAGGAUGGGAUUGCAAACAUUCCUCUGCCUUCAAGGCCUACCUAUUCAGAUGCCACUUUUGAAUUUAAUCAAGCCAUGAAGAAAGGGAUGGUUCUCCCAUUCACACCAUUAUCCAUAACAUUUGAUGAUAUCAGAUAUUCAGUUGACAUGCCGCCGGAAAUGAAAGCUCGUGGAUUUACAGAGAAUAAGUUGGAGCUUCUGAAGGGUGUAAGUGGAGCUUUUAGACCAGGGGUGCUUACAGCCUUAAUGGGUGUUACUGGUGCUGGUAAAACAACAUUGAUGGAUGUGUUAGCUGGAAGAAAAACUGGUGGCUAUAUUACUGGAUGCAUUAAAAUAUCAGGUUAUCCAAAGAAGCAGGAAACAUUUGCUCGAAUAUCAGGUUACUGUGAGCAAAAUGACAUACAUUCUCCACAUGUAACAGUAUAUGAAUCACUCCUUUACUCUGCCUGGCUUCGAUUACCACCUGAAGUUGUAUCAUCUACCAGGAAGUUAUUUGUUGAGGAAAUAAUGGAACUUGUAGAGCUGACUUCAUUAAGGGAAGCUCUGGUUGGCUUACCUGGAGUUAGCGGGCUAUCACUGGAACAACGUAAGAGGCUGACAAUUGCAGUGGAGCUUGUUUCUAAUCCCUCUAUAAUUUUCAUGGAUGAGCCAACUUCAGGGCUAGAUGCAAGGUCAGCUGCAAUUGUGAUGAGAGCAGUACGGAAUACAGUUGAUACUGGAAGAACUGUUGUGUGUACAAUUCAUCAACCCAGUAUUGACAUAUUUGAAUCUUUCACCGAGCUUUUUCUGUUGAAGGAAGGUGGAGAGGAAAUAUAUGUUGGACCUUUAGGACAGCAAUGUUGCCGUCUGAUCAAGUAUUUUGAGGCAAUUAACGGAGUUACCAAAAUCAGAGAAAGGUAUAACCCAGCUACCUGGAUGCUGGAGGUGACCUCCAAGGCACAAGAGGAAAUUCUUGGUGUCGACUUUGCAAAGAUAUACAAAAACUCUGACUUGUUUCAGAGGAAUAAAGUGCUGAUAGAGGAACUUAACUCGCCACUUCCUGGGUCUGAAGAUCUUCAUUUUCCUACAAAGUACUCGCAAUCAUUUCGAGCACAGUUGUUUGCAUGCCUUUGGAAACAGCAUCAAUCAUACUGGCGUAAUCCUUCAUAUACUGCAGUUCGGUUCUUCUUCACAGUAUUGACAGGCCUAGUGUUUGGUGCAGUAUUCUGGGAUCUCGGACCAAAGCGGAGUAAGCAACAAGAUCUAUUCAACGCUAUGGGAUCUAUAUAUGCUGCUGUUCUAUUUAUUGGUAUUAGUAAUGGAACAGCUGUUCUGCCGGUGAUAUCUAUUGAAAGAACUGUUUUCUAUAGAGAAAAAGCUGCUGGAAUGUAUUCAGCACUGCCAUAUGCCUUAGCUCAGGUCUUGAUUGAGAUACCAUAUGUGCUGGUUCAGGCGUUGAUCUAUUGCUUCAUAGUUUAUGCUAUGAUAGGCUAUGAAUUAACUGCUAUCAAAUUUUUUUGGUUCUUAUUCUUCAUGUACAUUGCCUUUCUUUACUUCACCUACUAUGGAAUGAUGGCAGUUGCGUUGACUCCUAACUACCAUGUAGCCUACAUAGUUUCUGCUGCAUUCUAUGCAAUUUGGAAUCUUUUCUCAGGCUUCAUUAUUCCCCAACCGCGUAUUCCAAUAUGGUGGAGGUGGUACUAUCGGGCAUGCCCUGUUGCUUGGACCAUAUAUGGUCUAGUUACUUCACAGUUUGGAGAUGUGGAUUCUUAUCUUCAGGACAUCACGAUACAACCUGUGACUGUGUCAGAAUUCACAAGGACCUACUUUGGAUUUAGGCAUGAACUCUUGGGUGUAGUUUCAGCUGUUGUUGUUGGGUUUUCUGUUCUUUUUGCUUUCAUCUAUGCUUUUGGAAUUAUGAAGUUAAAUUUUGAGAAAAGAUAAAGCAACAUGUAGUUUAGAUGUGAAAGUCAGUUCUCAUUUAUCAUGUAUAGAUUGAUCUUAUUCAACUGAAGGACAGCAAAUUAUGUAGCAAAUCAUGCUUUAUAUUAGUGCCCCGUACAAGCAUUUACUGGUAAUUAUUUGAUUCAGAAUUCAUUCUA